AUGCUACUUCGUCACAUACAUCUACCAGGACUGACAUCCUACACCCGAGCAGGCAAGCUCCAGGACAAACUCGUCGCCGCUUUUCUGGCUCAUAAAGCGAGCCAAGGUACCACUCCUGCGCCACCCCCGACAAUCAUCACAGCAGAGUUCGAAAAAGUCUAUACGUGCGGCAGACGAGAGAUCGGGACCGUGUCUGAGGCUCAGAAGAACUACCUAACUGAGACAACACAAUGGGGUACAGCAAGCUUCCAUGAAGCUCUACGUGGCGGCCAAACUACCUUCCAUGGUCCAGGGCAACUAAUCGCAUAUCCCAUCCUCGACCUCAAGCACCAUGGCCUUACUCCACGUUGCUGGAUUCAUCUGCUUGAGAGCUGUGUCAUUGCCACUUGUGCUCAUUAUGGCGUCACGGCCAUGAGGACGGAGAACCCCGGUGUUUGGGUUAGUGAGCAGGAGAAGAUCUGUGCUUUGGGAGUGCAUCUCAGACGGAACAUUACUAGUCAUGGUAUUGGACUUAAUGUGAGUACUGAGUUGGGCUGGUUCAAGCGGAUCGUGGCGUGUGGGCUUGAGGGCAAGUCAACUACGAGUCUACUGGCACAGGGCAUUUCGCCGCGCCCUACCGUACAGCAAGUAGGUGACGUGUUCGUGCGGGACCUCGUCAGGGAGUUGCGAGAUGUGGAUGGUGUUGAGAUGGUUGACGAGAGCAAUCCGUGA